UUUAUUUAUUUUUAUUCUUCGAAAAAAGCGCGUAAUUUUGUUACCAUGGAGAUGGAAUUGUGACUCACCAGGCGGCGAUUAUUUUGGCGCCAAUCUAAUGUUUACCUCGCUUUUUAUUUUGAGUUUCUUGUUCAUCUUUUUGACUACAUUUUAAUUUUUUAAUUGUUUGGUGUAAUUUUGAUUAUUGUUUUUAAUUUUGUUGUUAAUUUUUAAUUUUUUCUUUCAUCUCGAGACUCAAUUUGCUCUAGGAAAAGUUGCCAAGAUGAAAAGAAACUUUGAAGAUUUUAAAAAUGCUCCACAACCAUUGUCUCUUAAACGAUAUAAAUCUGAUUUAGAAUUUAAUUUGUAUCAAAAAGUUUUAAAAUCUGUUCCCACAAUAACAACAAGCCCGCCAGUUGUGACUCGUAAUUUUUUCUCGCUCAAAGAGAAACUGUUCAACUCCAUGAAUGAAAAUCGUAGAGAAAGAUUCAUUCAUUAUGAGUCUAAAAAGCUAUUCUAUGGAGAAGAAAGAGACGAGGAAGAAGAAUUGGUUCUCAAAAAGGAGCAAGAAGAGAUAUUGAUAGAUGAACUUGAAGGAGUUGAAAUAGAAGACGAAGAAAAAGAAACAAAUGACCAAGAUGGAGAUGAUGAGGAUGAAGAAGAAGAAGAAGAGGAAUAUGAAGAUGAAGAUGAACUCGAGGAAGCGGACGAAGAAGAUGAAGAAGAAGAAACUGAUAAGCCUGAAAACUUCUUUCUUGACGAAGCUGAAGAAGACCAUAAUGAUAAAGAAGUAAAAGAUGAGGAAAAAGAAGACAAGAAAUGGGAGAAAAAUAAUCGAAAAAUAGAAUCAAAAGAUGACGAAUGUAAAGCUGAUUACAAAGAUGAAAAAUAUGAUGAUGAUUCAAAUCAUUCUGAUGCCACCCAAUCAUCUUCAGAAAGUGUUAAAUCAGAGGAACCCGAAGAGGAAACAAUUGUGAAACCAAAGAGAAAAAGAAUUCUGGAAACAAUAUCGGAGGAAAGCUCCGAUGAAGAAGAUUACUCCAAAAUCAAUGAUGAAGAUGAAAUUAAAGAUGAGAAGGAAGAAAUUGACGAAAAAGAAUCUCCAAUAGACGAUGCUCAAGCAGAAAAAAACGAAGCUGAUGAAGAUGAAGAAAAAUUAGAAGACGAAGACGAAGAAGUCGAGGAGGAAGAAGAAGAAGCAGAAGAAAAAGGAGACGAUGAAGACGAAGUAGAAGAGGUAGAAAUGAUCGAUGGUGAUGAUUCAGAUGAUGAAGAAAUCGAAAUCGUUAAACCAAGAGAUUUCUUCUUCAAUGAAGCUGAAGUUUCAGGUUCUGACAGCUCAGAUGACGAGGAAGAAGAAGACGAAAUGAUGAAAGAGCUGAUUGAUGAGAAAGCUGAUGCUCUUGACUCCGAAGAUCUGAGAAAAGAUGUUGCUACAACUUAUCAAAAAGAAUUAUUGAGAGAUGAUAAAAGACUUUUAUUACAAUUACAAGAACGAUAUUUGGAAGAUGGUGACUUGCAUUCUGACCAAAAAAGAGCUAAGAGAUUCAAAUGGAAAACUGCAGAUUCAACUUGGCUUGAUGAUGCGAGAGAUUCAUCAUCAGAUGAUGAAAAUGCAGAUGAUGAGGAUGACGAAGACGAUGAAGCUGAAAAUAUUCCAGUAUUCAAACUGAAGAAUACGAUCAACAAUUCAACUAAUUCCAAUAUUGAACCCAAGAUCAAUUUGAAGCUUCCUUUGAUUCCAACAAAAAAAUCGACCAACAAGUCAAGCACAAUCAAAGAUUUUCUCGUUCGAGACAAGAAACUUGUGGAUAUUUUAUCAACAAAAUCGAAUGUGGAUAAAAAAGUAUUGGGAUUAAAACGAAUUAAACCAGGAUCAACUAAAAGUCUAUUCGAUCUUUAUAGAUGAUCAAUUGAAUCGAUGUAACAAAAAUCAACCCGAAGAAAAAGACGAAAACGGAAUGUGUUAUGGGAAUUAAACUUGAUUGUUAUUCAGACUCAAUUCACUUGGCACUUGUUGCUUUUCUCUCUCUGAUUAGUUUCAAUCAUUCAUGUAAAUUCUUAUUCUACUUUUACUUUUAUUCUUGUUCAAUUUGUAAUAGUUAACUAGUUUCUAAUCUUUUUCGAGCCGAUUAAAAGUAGCGCUCGCUCAGUGCUAAUCAUUCAUA